UGGAACCCCAGGGUUCCGCGAAGCAAAAGUAAGGGUUCCACGAGAAUGUGGCAUUGCCCUGCCCCCUCUUAAAGAGACAGUGUAUUUUGCAGGGGGUUUUUGCUCGACCAAUUCUGAUGGGUGGUUUUUUUGUUUUUUUUUUCUGCUUGCCAAAUUUUAGGGUUUCCCCUGGGAAUCCUAGGGGUUCCUUGAAAUUAUUUUAAGCUGAAAAGGGUUCCGUGGCCAAAUAAAAUUGGGAAACACUGGUUUAGAGAGUAACACUGCUAUGAGACAUGCCCCAAGGCUGGGAAGGGAUCUUGCCGUGGUGAGAGUCAAUGAACGCGUUGAAUGUGGAUACAAUGGAAUAGAUUGACACGCCUGCUGACGGACAAUGGAGACAUUCCAGAAGGUGGAGAAGAUUGGGGAAGGCACCUACGGUGUGGUGUACAAGGCUAGGAACAAACGGACAGGCCAGCUGGUGGCUCUGAAGAAGAUCCGUCUGGAUUCGGAGACAGAAGGUGUUCCGAGUACAGCAAUCCGAGAAAUCUCUCUGCUCAAAGAACUUAAGCAUCCCAACAUAGUCAGGCUUCUGGAUGUUGUGCACAGUCAGAAGAAGCUGUACUUGGUAUUUGAGUAUCUGAAUCAGGACUUGAAAAAGUACAUGGACUCGUCCCGGACAGGGGAGCUCCCUUUAAGUUUGGUAAAGAGCUAUCUGUUCCAGCUGCUGCAGGGUGUGAACUUCUGUCACUCACACAGAGUCAUUCAUAGAGAUUUAAAGCCACAGAAUUUGCUUAUCAAUGAAGCAGGAGCCAUCAAGCUGGCAGAUUUUGGCCUGGCGAGAGCCUUCGGGGUUCCAUUGCGCACAUACACUCAUGAGGUGGUAACUUUAUGGUACCGGGCCCCUGAAAUCUUGCUGGGAUGUAAAUACUAUUCGACUGCAGUGGAUGUCUGGAGUAUUGGCUGUAUCUUUGCAGAAAUGGUGACAAGAAAAGCGCUGUUUCCUGGGGAUUCUGAAAUUGACCAACUCUUCCGGAUUUUCCGCACCCUUGGCACCCCCACCGAGGCAGGUUGGCCCGGGGUAACCCAGCUUCCUGACUAUAAAGGAAAUUUUCCCAGGUGGGCAAGAAAGGAGAUGAAGGAGAUUGUUCCGAACUUGGAUCGUGAUGGGAGAGACUUACUGGCGCAAUUGCUGCUGUAUGACCCUGACAGGCGCAUCUCAGCCAAGGCAGCACUGAACCACCGGUACUUCUGGCAGAGCCCCCGUGACACCAAAGACCAACACUUGCUGCAGAAACACUGCAGAUGAAAGGCUGCAGCACCACCUGCCCACCUGGAUUCUUGAUGCUGGGCUCUGUGCAUCAGGGCAUUGAUCCUUUUGGUGGCUUAAGCAGGAGGUUGGCCUGUGUUGUAAUACACAGGCUAGGGCUGAAAUGCCUGUGUAUUAUAAAGGGACCCGGAAGUGUUAGUUCUCAGUUAAACAGAGGGAGUUGGAGGCUGUCAACCAUUGCUGGGGAUAUGUGUUAUGGCAGUUAGAUCUUAUUGAGGUUGUUGUUACAUAUGAUAGAGAUGGGCCUGAUGACACCAUCCAUUAGCUGACGGGGGGGGGAGGGGGGAGAGGUGGGAAGUAGAUUCUCAGAGUCUAAAGCCACUUCCAAAUGCUUGCCUCUUUGGUGGGGUGCGUAGCAGACGUGAUGGCUGGUGCAAUGCAGAUUGCCUUUCUCUUUCAGAACCCAUAGAUUAUCCUGUCCUGGUUUUGGUUCAAAUUGCAAAUAUGUGUCAGUUUCACUCCCAGCAUCAGCUAGUGCUUGACCUAAAGCAGUGGGGGGAGCUACUGCAGACUGACAUGAGCACCACUUUUUAGUGCUAUUAAGAAGACUAGGGGCUGUUGGUAUUAGAUACAUCUUUGUAUCUAAUGCAAUUCUGUUUAAGAAUUUUAGAGUUUAAAUUCCUAGUUAAACAGCAAGUGCAAUUAUUUUAAGAAUGAUCUUCAUUGUGCUAGGAGGAGAACCAAAACCUCUAACUAGGACAAUGUGUGAAGUCACAAUUCUGGAGAAGACUCCCUUUUGUUGUCCACACACACCUCUAGUUCAGUUACUUUGAUUAGCUUUGAAAAACGAAUUUACUGUUUAUCUUUCAAAAGAUUUAGCACUAAUUUUCGAUGCAGUUGUGGGGAGUCUCUUCUAUAUUAAAU